AUGGCAACCAAUUUGCUGCAAUUGGAAUCGGACGAUGAGAAUGACGGGACAGGUAACAGAGAGAGUUUCGAGCCCUUUGGGGAAGGAGCUGUGGGCCUGACUGAGAAAGUGGUGGCUUUUGUUCGUGACAUUGCUAUGCAUCCAGAGACCUGGUUGGAUUUCCCAUUGCCUGAAAAUGUUGAUUUUGAUAUGACCAAUGCCCAACAAGAGCAUGCCUUAGCAGUCGAAAGACUGGCCCCAAGAUUAGCAGCGCUAAGGAUGGAACUUUGCCCUGGAUACAUGAGUGAAAGCUGCUUCUGGUUGAUUUAUUUUUUGCUCCUUCAUCCUAGACUUGAUAAGCAGGAUGCCGAACUUCUAUCAACACCCCAGGUACUGGAAGCCAGGGCCUUGCUGGGCCAUGAACUAAAGAACAAAAAUACGAUGGCAUCGGGAAGCUCCUGUGGCCAAAAAUCUCCGGGCCCUCAGGAGAUUGAUGUUUCUCAUAAUGAAGAGCCUCUUUCUGUGCCAUCUCCUGUUAUUCCUGAAAACGUGCCCAACAAGGCAGCUAAUAUUAAUGUGGGCACUUCAGCUGCUCCCGAAAUUGUGAAGGACCCAGUUGAGAGAAAUGAAAGCCAAACUGUCAACAAGCCCAUCAAUCGAGAAAAGGAAGCCGUCCAAGUUAAAGAACAAUAUAUACAUAAAUCCAGCUCCUCGAGUAUUUCUAUAGAUGAAGACGAAAAUGAUGCAGAUGACUGGUUGAAGGAAGAAACUUUAGAUGCAGGAGACCCCAUUGGGAAAAACAUUUCAAUUGAGAAUGGGGAUGAUGUGUCGUUUAGUGAUCUUGAGGAUGAUGAUGGUGAUGUGCCUGCUAGCUACAGAAAAUCGAAUUACAGUUCUGAUAAGGAUUCAAGGGACUGGGUUCAGUUGGGCAAAAGCUCGUCGGACAAGGAGAGCACAAAGGAGCCGAAUGACUGGCUAGAUGUUGAUGACAUCGUCGUGUCAUGA